UUUUUAUUUUUUUUUCAGGUGCACAUAUUGACUUUGGAUAAUGAACUGAAAUUCUGACUUAGUUUUCUAAAACAAAAUUGGCAAAAAUGCUGCAUGAAGUGAAUUUUCAUGACAAACCAUCAGUGUUGAGAAGAAAACUAGUGUCACUAUUGGCUGGCAGCAGUUGCAGCAAGUCCAGACUAGUGGCUAGUGUCUUCCUAGUGGCUGUUGCACUGGUGGCCUUCAUUGGGGUGAUUGUCAACCAGCAAGAUUCUCAGAAUCUCCCAGAAGCUAUAAAUGGGGCUGUGAAACACCAUCCUGAGAAGCCUGAUGAGAAUGGAGUGACUAUCACUGAGGAGAUUGUGGAGGUGAUGGGAACUCAUGUGUUUGUGAGAAGAGCGACACCUAGUGAGCAGAAAGACUUUUGUCUGUCUGUGGUAUUGCUGCAUGGAGCUGCAUUCAGUUCCAAGCUGUGGCAGAACUUUGGGAACCUUGCACAAAUCAAUUGCAGCAAGUCCAGACUAGUGGCUAGUGUCUUCCUAGUGGCUGUUGCACUGGUGGCCUUCAUUGGGGUGAUUGUCAACCAGCAAGAUUCUCAGAAUCUCCCAGAAGCUAUAAAUGGGGCUGUGAAACACCAUCCUGAGAAGCCUGAUGAGAAUGGAGUGACUAUCACUGAGGAGAUUGUGGAGGUGAUGGGAACUCAUGUGUUUGUGAGAAGAGCGACACCUAGUGAGCAGAAAGACUUUUGUCUGUCUGUGGUAUUGCUGCAUGGAGCUGCAUUCAGUUCCAAGCUGUGGCAGAACUUUGGGACCAUGUCCCUUCUGGCUUCUAAAACAGGGUGUCCAGUUUUUGCAGUGGACCUCCCCACAGGUUCUGCGGACGCCGGUCGCCUCACUCAGCCAGCAGAUAUCGCUCCAGCAUUCCGCGGGGCAUUUCUAACUUCCUUGGUGCGACACCUGGCGGGCAGCACACGCGUGAUCCUCGUCGCCCCUUCCAUGAGCGCGUCUUACGCCGUGCCGAUGCUGGUGCAGCAAAGCGCCACGGUUGCCGGAUUAGUCGCUGUAGCGCCGCUGCUGUCAGAGUCUCUUACUGAUGAGCAAGCGCGACACCUAUCCGCGCUUAAAGUCCCGGCUCUACUCAUGUUUGGUGAAUGGGACGGUAGAGGACGCAAGUCUACAGAGUCUCUGGUGACGCGAGCGUUGCCAAGGGCCCAGGUGAAAGAGCUGCCUGAAGCUAGACAUGCUGCGUACGUGGAUCAACCUGACAAGUUCCAUAAGCUCUUGUUGAAGUUUGUCAGCAAAGUGAUAUCGAAUCAGCAUUCUGCUGUUGCUCAAAAUGGCGACGAUGAUGAAGAAGACUGAGGCACCACAUUGAAAUAUUGGCUCCAGCAUCAUCAACAAAAUAUAAGACAAUAGAACAGCAGCAAGAAAUGCACUUUUGAUUUUCUGAAAUUUCUAUUACACAUCACCUCUUCAGAGAGUUAUUUUAGCUUUAUUUAAAUCAAAUAGUCUGGUUCUUUACAUUUUUCCUUAUUCUUUUGAUUGUGGGUUUCCUAAGAUGUAGUGACAGUAAUAAUUUUUAUU